AAAUUUGCCGAAAUAACGAAAAAAGCGGGCCUGAAAAAGCCCACGAUGUUGCAAUGAAAGAUUUGGCUUCUACGUCACAAGAUCAAGUGGUAGUAGAUAUGGCACAAGCGGAUUCUUCACCAAGGAAUAACACAGCAAUUUUGGUCCAACAAAUCCCAGAAUUAGGAGAGUUAAGAGAGUUAAUGACAUCAUUAAAUGAAAAAGUUGAUGUUAUAGCUGAAACAAUUCAAACUUCCAAGGAUAAAGGGCGUGGACCUAUGGAAAUUGAUGGACGUCAGAUUGCCAAUUCGCAUGGUUGUUAUGUUUAUAACCACUGUUCAUUUCAAACUCCACGCCAUUCAGCAUCCCAUACAUUGGAUGAAGAAACAGAUUUGAAAAAAGAGAUUGUUCAUGUUUUGGAAUGUGAUGCAACAUUCUACAAGGACCAUUCGGAAAGCUCAUGGGAUGGGGCAUAUCCUAUUCGGCAUAGUUCACCAAAGGCACAUGUUUUGAUACUUAACAACUAUGAGGGGUUUAAAGCAGGGCACGAGAGAAAGGGAGCAAAAGUAGAUGGAGAACUAAUGAAGCAAUUAUGGGAGGGGUUUCAAUGUGAAGUUGAAGUACAAGAAAAUCACACUGCUAAGGCAAUGUGGAAUUCUUUAAUUAAGUUUUCAAGAAGCGACAAACAUAAAUCAUGUGACUUCUGUGUUGUGAUCAUUAUGAGCCAUGGGAACUCUACUGAUAGAGGCCAUGAUUACUUUAGUGGAAUUGAUAAUGCAACUAUCGAAAAUGAUGAGGUUGUUAAGUUAUUUAAAAACUCAAAAGACCGUCUUCAUCUGAUUGGCAAACCCAAGCUUAUCUUCUUCCAGAGUUGUCGUGGAGCUUCUGCAGUAAAGGAGUGGCUCUACCUGCUACUUCAG